AUGACAAACACAAAUAAGCAAAGGCCCCCAGUCCCCAGCAGCUCAAUUGUUCCGGACCAAGGUGGCGGCCCGAUAAAGCAAGGAGCAGGGGGUGCUAAGAAUCCCUGGGUACGGACAGGCCACCAAUGGAAACCGAACAUUGCAACCUAUAACGUAAGAUCACUACUUCAAGAAGAGAGACUACUGGAACUCGAGGAAGAACUACAAGGAAUAAAGUGGGACAUCGUUGGACUGGGUGAAGCCCGCAGACGAGGAGAAGAACUCACAGUACUGAAAAGUGGGCACCAUUUCUACCAUAUAGGAAAGAAGAAUAAGAUUGAAGCAGGAGUAGGAUUCCUGGUUCACAAAAGCAUCGCCGGUAACAUUUCUGAAAUAAAAGGAAUAAAUGAACGUCUGGCACAAAUAACAAUAAAAAUCAAUAAGAGGUACAAAAUCAAGAUUAUCCAAGUCUAUGCUCCAACUUCAACACACGACGAUGAAGAGGUAGAGAACCUCUACGAAGAAAUAACAGACGUGAUGAAAUGCAGUAAAACACAGUUCACAAUAGUCAUGGGUGACUUUAACGCCAAGGUCGGAAAAAGAGAGGAAGGAGAAGGAAGCACAAUCGGCCCCUUCGGAAGUGGGCAAAGAAACGACAGGGGCGACCGACUUCUUGAAUUUGCCAUUAGCAACAAAAUGAAAAUAAUGAACACUUUCUUCAAGAAAGAAGCAUCCAGGAAAUGGACAUGGAAAAGCCCAGGCAGGAACACAAAGAAUGAAAUUGAUUUCAUACUAACUGAUAACCCUCACAUCAUCCAAGACGUGAAAACAAUCAGCAAGGUGAACGUGGGAAGUGACCACAGGAUAGUAAUGGGCAAGAUGAAAAUCAACACCCGACUAGAGAGGCAAAAACUCCUAAAACCAAAACAAAGUAGCAUCAACCUAGAGAAACUAAAAGAGAAAAGAACAGAAUUUCAACUAGAGUUGAAAAACCAAUUCCAACUUUUGACGGACAAAUGCACAGACGAAGAAGGAAACAGAUCUCUUGAAACAUGGACUGAUCUGCUAGUGGAAAAAACCCAAGAAACCGCCAUAAAGAUCGCAGGGAAAAAACCAAAAACCUGUGAAAACAAGAUAUCAGAAUCUACCAGAAAACUCAUGGAAAAAAGAAGGAACAUGAAAUCAGAAGGCAUAGGCAUCCAAAAUGUUGAAUACGUAGAAACCUGCAAAACAGUAAGGAAAAAGCUACGUGAAGACAUCCGUAGUUACAACGCAACGAUGAUCAAAUCCACAAUUGAGGAAAACAGAAGCCUGAAGAAAACUUACAAGAAACUAGCACAUGGAAAACAGAAAAUCACAAACCUCCUCGACAGAUAUGGACAAGAAAUCACAGAUCAGGACCAGAUACUUCAAAGAAUUGAAGAGUUUUAUGAACAACUAUACAAUAGCAAUAAAGAGACAGAAGAUCCAGGAGAACCACGAUAA